GGAUUCUACAAUUUCACCACUCGACCAGGCAAACGAGCGAGGCACGAAUCACCGUUGAAAAAGACAGACGACAAGAAUAUGAGGCGACGAAGAUUGCUGCAGCAGAAGAAGAAAUUUUUCAUUCGCUUGAACGUAUUGACUGAGGAAAUUAUUUCUAUUUAUGCAAAAAAAAUAACUAUAAAAGUAAAUCAAUGUGGCAUUAAUUAAAUAAAUGUUUAAAAAUGGAAAAUAACAAUCAACUGGUAGCGGAGAGAAUUGUAACUCCAGAGCUAUACUUUCUCAUAUCCAAGUUCUUGGCUUCGGGUCCGCUCCGUGAAACUGCUGAGGUUCUAGUGCGUGAGUUGGAACAGAAGAAAGUUUUACCAAGACGGACGGAUUGGCUAGGUCAUGAACACGAGCAAAGCUUUGCGGAAUUGGAGCAAAAAUAUGCACAUGUUGGACCAAGUCAUCUUUUAGAAAUAUGUUGUCGCAUAGGACCAAUACUAGACAAAGAUCUACCUCCUGCAGUAUUGGGUAUCGUAUCCUUACUUGGUACAGGUCGUCAGAGUUUACUAAGGACCGAAGAGAGCAUAUAUCGGUCCCGGUCCUUGCUAGAUUAUUGCACACGUUUACAUGGUGUAUCACUGCCAGAUUCGUCGGUAACAAAACCUAUACACAAUUUGCAGAAAGUACUAAUUGGACGCGAGUAUGGAGGACCAGUGCGUCGGAAACUUUUGGUACCCAUCAGUUUAUAUGGCAAAACCAAAUUACUUAAACGGACCGUGGGUCAUUUGUCAUCCGUCUAUUGUGUGCUCUUUGAUCGCACUGGACGUUAUAUUAUAACGGGUGCUGAUGAUUUACUUAUAAAAAUAUGGUCAGCAAUGGAUGGUCGUUUGUUAGCUACGUUGCGUGGGGCUUCUGCAGAAAUAACAGACAUUGCUAUUAACCUUGAUAAUACAAUGUUGGCAGCUGGUUCAUUGGAUCGUAUAUUGCGUGUUUGGGACAUGCAAACUACUUCGCCUAUAGCCGUACUUUCGGGUCACACUGGCAUGAUAACAUCCGUAAAUUUUUGCCCCUCACCGCGUGGUGAUUUAAAAUAUCUAGUGACCACAAGUACAGAUGGUUCAAUUGCAUUCUGGCAAUAUUCGACUCCGCGCGGUCAGAAAAUUACAUUUGCACCCAAACCAAUACAAUAUCACGAAAAGCUACGACCCGGACAAGCACAAAUGAUGUGUACUACCUUUUCGCCAGGUGGCAUUUUCCUUGCAGCUGGUUCAGCAGAUCAUCACGUAAGGGUAUAUAUAAUGUCGGAAGAUGGACCCAAACGUAUCCUCGAGUCGGAGGCUUACACUGAUGCCGUAGAUUCGGUUCAAUGGUCGCAUCGUGGUUUACGCUUCAUAUCCGGCAGUAAAGAUGGUACGGCACAUAUUUGGAAUUUCGAAUCACAGCAGUGGAAGAGCACAAAACUUUGUAUGACUGAGCGAUUGCCGAGCUGCCCUCCACCGGAGGAAGGAAAGAAAUUAAAAGUUACUAUGGUUGCUUGGGAUUGCUCAGAUAAAUAUGUCAUUACUGCCGUUAACGACUUUACAAUAAAAAUUUGGCAUUCUAAAACUGGUAAAUUGCACCGGGUAUUGCGCGGCCACAAGGAUGAACUAUACGUACUGGAAUCAAAUCCGAAAGAUGAGCAUGUGCUGCUUUCCGCAGGACAUGACGGGCAGGUGUUUCUAUGGGAUGUUGAAAACGGCAUUUCUAUAGCCGAGUUUAUGAACGAUAUAGACGGGCAGGGUCAUGGUGGCGUAUUCGAUGCAAAAUGGUCGCCAGAUGGCACAAUGUUUGCGGCUACUGAUUCGCAUGGUCAUCUACUUAUAUAUGGUCUUGGAAUUGGCCCAGAUAAAUACAAAAUACUUCCAAAUGAACUAUUUUUUCAUACGGACUAUCGCCCUUUAAUGCGUGACGCUUCUCAAUAUGUGGUUGAUGAACAAACACAAGUAAUGCCACAUCUGAUGCCGCCACCUUUUCUCGUGAAUUCGGAAGGUAACCCCUAUCCCGUACAGUAUCAACGUUUUGUACCUGGCCGUGAAAAUUGUACCCGCGAGCAAUUGAGACAAAUAUUAACAGUUGGUGAUGAUGGUACCGUUAUUGUUCCCAAUAUCAAUGGUACUGCUGGCAACUUCUUACACAUUGAUCGUCUAAUUGCCGUAUUGGCUAAUCGCCAAGGUACUGCUCCAGUACCGCCUGCAAUGGCAGUUGGAAACAAUCUACCAGCCAAUCACUCACAACUGGAUCGCCUUAUAGAGGCACUUGCAAAUCGGCAAGGACAAGAUCAGGCACCCGAUUCCAACAACCGCCCAUCAAGUAAUCGCUCUGCAGCUGGUGCUGUUGGAAAUUCACGUUACAGUUUCGAUGAUAUGCCAGGACGUCAACUUGAUACGAAUAACACUACUCGACAGAGAACUAAUAGCGUUCGAACAUCAGGUGAACAUCAAUUGGUACCGACCGUUGAUCAGCCCGCACAGCCAUCACAGAUUAAAUACUUUCGUCGCAUCUAUGUACGUCCUAUGAAAUACCAACAACUGCAAAAUCUAAAGCAAACUGUAUAUGCGGCAGGACAGUUUGAGCUGCAGGAGUAUAAACGUGAGAUGCGCAGGCGACCAAUAAUGAUUAACACUGGGAACGUAGCAAGCGCACAAUCCAGUACCAAUCGGCAACGUAAUACACGCGGAAAUAACGGUGCAGGCAGUGCAGUUCGUUCACGCCGUCGCCAAGGACAAAGUGGUCAAUCACAGCCGGCUUAUCGUACGCGCGCUGUGCGCGAUCAAGAAGAACUAGAUGCGCCACCGCCUCCAGAAGAGGAAGAGGAGGAUGAGGAGAGCAAUUCAUCAUCGGGCGAUACCAGCUACUCAAAUGUAGAAGAAAACCUAGAAGAAUCAUCGGACGAUUCGGACACCGAAAGUUCUGAUUAUUCCGAUUGGGUAGCCGAUACUCCUGGUCCGAAUUUGGAGCCACCAAAACGUUCAAAACGCAAACCAUUGUCAAGAAGACGUACAUUUAGCGACGAUAGUAGUGACGAGACAACAGAGCAAGCCACGACAUCUGCCGGUGCAGCGGCAAAAUCUUCUAGGCGAAACAAACGUGUUGUUAUACCACCGCCAACACCGAAUGGUGAAAUACCUGAAUUGUAUAGACCAGCUGAGUGGUUGUCCGAAGUGAUACCGCGUAAAGCACCUUACUAUCCGCAAAUGGGUGAUGAAGUGGUGUAUUUUCGUCAAGGGCAUCAACGUUAUCUGGAAGCAGUACGUCUCAAAAAAGUAUACAAGUUGACUCACAGCUCGGAGCCGUGGAAUUUCCGAACCCUACGCGACCGCGAAUACGUACGUGUAAUAGGUAUCAAAUAUGAAAUACGCCCACCACGUUUGUGCUGUCUCAAAUUGGCAAUGAUUGAUGAUGAUGGCAAUAUGACAGGCACAUCUUUCAAGAUCAAAUACCAUGACAUGCCGGACGUCCUCGACUUUUUGGUCUUGCGUCAAACUUUUGAUUUGGCAGUGCAGCGUAAUUGGAGUGUUGGCGAUCGCUUUCGUUGUAUGAUUGGUGAUGGCUGGUGGAUGGGGCAAAUUGAAUCACGUUAUGCACUUUCAACAGACUUUCCCGAUUCGUAUUUUAUGUGUUUCCGCGUGCGUUGGGAUAAUGGCGAGUACGAGUACAUGAGCCCAUGGGAUAUGGAACCAAUUGAUGAGAAUCGUCUACCCGAUGAAGUGGGUGGGGCGGUGCCCGUAUUGCAAGAAGAGAUACGUGCCACAUUGUAUCAACCGAAAUCGGAAGAAUGGCAUCGUGGUGAUCGUGACGGUUCUUGUAGGCGCAUCAUAAACGGCUUAGAACAGGUUAUGCGCCUAUCGAUAGCCGAACAUUUUUUGGCACCGGUUGAUUUGAAUGUAUAUCCUGAUUACUCCUAUCUGAUUGAGUAUCCAAUUGACUUGACAACGAUAAAGUCACGUUUCGAAAAUCACUUCUACCGGCGCAUUACUUCAGCUCAAUUCGAUGUACGCUACCUUGCUACAAAUGCAGAGAAGUACAAUCGUUCACAUACUAAUAUUGUGAAACAUGCCCGCAUUAUAACGGAUCUUUGUUUGCGUGUAAUAAGGGAGCCCAACGAUAUAGAUGUUGCAGCUGUUUAUCAUCAAUUAGUAGACGUUUAUCACUCAUCAGAAACUGAAAACGAUAAUGAGUCGGAUGUGGUGCCUUCGACAAGCACUGGCCCUUCAACAUCGGCUGCAGCACGUCAAAAGAUAUCAGCAACACGCAGGUCCAGUCGCAUACGUUCAGAUGGUGAUUGGCGUACGGAAUGUCGACAAUUAUUGGAUUUAAUGUGGCAGCGCAAUGACUCGGUGCCCUUCCGUGAGCCCGUAGAUACACUUGAAUUCCCCGAUUAUUUAGAAAUCAUUGCCUCACCAAUGGAUUUGCGUACUGUUAAAGAGGAUUUACUCGGUGGCAAUUACGAAGAUCCUUUGGAUUUUGCAAAGGAUGUCCGUUUGAUAUUUCAGAAUUCGCGCAAUUAUAACACCAAUAAGCGUUCACAAAUCUAUGCCAUGACGCUUCGUCUGAGUGCGCUCUUCGAAUCGCAAAUAAAGAGAGUGAUAAGUAAUUGGAAGGCGGCGCGUCGGCGUGCGAAUAAGACUUCAGGAAGCGGUGGACGCGGCUCAAGUAGCAGUCCUGUCAAGCGACAACCAUCGCAAGCAGCGAAGCGUGCCCGUACACACCGAUCUACGCGGCAAUUGCAUAGCUCAGACGAUGAUGAUGAUGAUGACGACGACGACGACGAUGACGAAGCACCAAGUAGUAGAGGUCACAUGAAUGCUCAGUCACGUGCGGGGCAACGUCGUGUCGGCGGUGCAACUACGAACGGUAGAAACGGACUACAUCGUGACACUGUAUCGGCAGCAGCGAGCACAUCAGCCGGUUCGAACCGCGUCAGCUCAUCCUCCUCAUUACAGCGGCGCAGCGGCGAACCGACACAAGCAACGCGCAGCUCACGUCGUAAGGCGGCCAGUCAAGAGUUGGAUGAUGAUGAUGAUGACGAAGAUGAAGAAGAGGACGCUGAAAUACAUGUAACGGAUGAGCAUAGCACUGCCUCGAGUUCCACCUCAGAAGAUGAUAGUGACAGCGAUGAUAGUUCAGAGGUUGGUUUAAAUGAUAGCAACGAAGGGUCCGAUAAAGAAAUGGGGCGGGGCAAGCGUGUCGCAGCAAGGCGACGUAAGCGACGUAGCGAUGCGGAUGAUUCAGAGGACAGCUAUAAGCCGGACAAUGAUAGACGCGGUAGUAGGCGAAGUAGUGGCCGGACGCGGGCACGAAAAAAUAAAGCAGCAAAGAAGACAAGUCGAAAACAACAAGAUAAACGGCAGCAAGCCACGCGCAAACGUCGCAGUCGCAUUGAAGACGAUGGCGACGAGGACUAUAUGGAACACAGUAGUAAGAGAAGUACCACAGCUAUGACGAAUGGUGGGACGCGACAUAACGCCGUUGCGAAUGGCAAUGUACGCAGAGGCAAUCGACGACGUUUACAGUCGUCGGAGGACGAGCACACCGAUAUGAUGGUACAUCAUACGAGUUCCCAGCCAGAUGAGAGCACACAAGAUACGAUUACCGGGCAUACGGCGGCAGGAAUGUCAACGCCUAAGAAGCGUGCCGCCACAUCGGGCCGAUCGCAACGUGGUAACCAAACAAGUAACGCUGUAGGUGAAAAUGAUGCCUCGACCAGCGCCAGUGCAUUACUGCAACAGAGUCCCUCACGUAAUACGCGCAUGCAAACGAGCUCAUCACAUUCAAGUGGUCUAGGUACGCUGAGCAAUAGGCGUAGCGCCACAGAAAUUGAUCACAGUUAUCAUUUGCCGGUGCGCAACGGACGCAUUGCCGACUCUGAUACAGACUCGCGCGAAGUGGCGGCGAAUGCGCGUCCAACCAGGUCGAGCUUUAAGCGUGCAAUCUUGGAGUGGGCGCGCACCAGUGACGUGGAGGACGCAGAACAGGAAGCGGUGGACGAGGAGGACAGCGAAGAUGCAGAGGAGAUUCUGCCUACACCGACGCCCACAAAGUUAACACCUUCUAAGGCCAACAAUGCCAGUAAUAGUAAUCCAUUAAAUGGCCCUUCGACCAGUCGAGCUGCUCAUGGUGGCGCUGUUGUACCGGUAGCUGUGGGACAAGUGCGUCAGCUGCGCACCAAUCGCAAUACGGUCGUUGAACCGCUGGACGAGGACGAAGACUCAGAUGAUGGAGAUGGUAGUGAAAAUGAACCACUCGUUUCGAGUCAAGGUGCCGGCGCUGCCAUUAAUGGGCGCAUACCUCCUGUCAACUAUCCACCAACCCGCAGCACAACUAACACUGCCACGCCGCGGUUGCAAGCGCAUGCCGCCGCCAUGAGCAACGCGCACAUGACCCGCUCACACGCCACAUCAACAACGUCUUCGUCAAACGUAACUACCUCCACAUUAUCAGCGCACGAUCACAAUUAUUUGGGCGCGGAAACUUUAGGUCCGUCCACAUCGGCAGCUGCCGGACGCAGCAAUACACGUCGUGUAUUAUCGCGUCAUCAGCGUAACGCCGAUGAAUUAGAUAGUAGCGCUGAUCCACUAGAGAACAUAAGCCUGUUAAUGCAAAAUCAACGUCUACGCCGAACGUUACCAACAUCGACGUCGCAGAGUGCAACCAACGGCGGAGCAGUAGCAGCAACGGCGACUACACAUGCGCCUGCGCCGCAGCGCACAGUACGGCGUGGACGUUCACGUUAUAGUCAGGAAAAUUCGCAAACUGCCGAAGAUGACGAUGACGAUGAUAACGAAGCCGACGGAAGUGGUGGGGAAAACGCCAGCGGUGCAUCCGACGAAGGUACCGAUGGUGGCUCGAGUACGCAUGAUGAUGUCGAUGACGCCACCGAUGAUUCGGAAGACAAUCAACCGUUAACCUCGUACGUACCAUCUGGGCGGCGGACACGUAAUCAUGGCAAACCGGCGCGUCGCACCAAUCGGCGGCGUCGUUCGGACGACUCAUUCGUAUGCGACGAUGAUGAUGAAGACUACGAAGUCGAACAUCAGCGUCGACGACAACAGGCAAGACCACGUUCACGACGACACAGCGAACGCGAUCGUAAUGGUGCACAGCGUGACAGUCGCCAACAGCGCGGUUCGCGCAAUCUAAAACGGCCGCGUUACAAUGAACAGAGCGACGAUGAAGGCUCCCACGAUUACAAUGGCGGACGAAAGCGACGUCGUGAUGCAGAUGGAGGUGGCGUUGGUGUUGGUGAAGUGGUCGGUAGCUCAUCACAGCGCUCAGCGGCUCCGCGACCGUCACGCAAUGUCGAAUAUAUGGACAGUUCGGAGGAAGAUGACGACGAACAGUUGGUGAGCGUUAGUAGUCGUGGACGCGUACGUAAGAUUUCAGCCAAAGCGCGUGGUAUCUUCAAAGAUUAAAGCCUCUCGUGUAUUACCGACUGAGUGAUGGCAGUACCGACGCUACAAAUUUAAUAUUUAAAAGCCAUUCACGCAUAUACACACACACUCACUCACUCACACUAAUGCAUAUAGUUAAAUGGAUGUGAAAAAAGAGAAAGAAAAGCUUGAUAGAUGUGAACCAAGCAGUUUUGAAGAUCUUGCUUCUGAAUUUGUAAUUAUUAUUAAUAUUAUUAUUAUUUCUAUAUUUUUAUAUAAUACUUAGCUCGUUUUAGCCGCGCGCUUUCCCUUUCUAAUACAUGUAGUUACAUAAAUUACUCUCCAAGAAAAAUUCGCUAUUGUUUGAGUUUGAAAACGCUUUGCAGAUUGUCAAGUGCGCGGCGAAUUAGUUAUUUAAGAUUUAGUUAAAAUUUAUGCUUUAAAUAUAUUUGUACAUGUUGGCGGUUCGUAGGAACUUGGAAGCUGAUAGAGCCCAUAAAAAGCGCAUAACGGAAAGCGCCAAUGAAUAUAUAACUUAUUUUGUUAGAAAUUUCACAUUUACUUUAAAUGAUAACAUCGAAGAAGACCAAACCAUUUGCGCUUCUUCUUUAAUUAUUUGAAAAUAUGAAUUGUUAACUUCCCUGCGUAAUUUACAUACAUUAAUUAUAAUUUCUCUUUUAUCUGAGUAUUUAGAAGCUUUAAAUUCAAACUUCACUUAGACCUCGAAAGAAAUAUUUAUAGUGCUCUCAUGCUUCCAAUUACCUAUUAUACAUAUAUUAUUAGACCAAAUUAUUGAUUUAUAUUUAAUUUGAAAUAUUUCAUGUAUGUCUCAGUUCAUUUUCAUUAUUUGCUGAAUUACCGCAGAUAGAUAUAUGUAAACACACAUAAACAUACAUACGUACAUAAUUAUAUACAUUAUAGUAUACCUUCAUUUCAUACAAAGUAACACGGCCCAUCGGUAUUGCCUCUCAUCAUCACCAUACAUAAUUUUCGUUUUGUUUUUUUUUCUUCAGACUACUAAUAGUCAUAACUUAUUUCAAUGUAAAAUUAUAAUUACUACUACACUUAGAACAGAUAAGAAGAUCAAAUACAAAAUAGAAAUUUCAAAA